UCCCUCCCCCGCCCUAUGCCUGCUCCCACGCUUCCGCCGUCCCGUGCCGCCGUUGUCCUGCAGGAAGUGACGGGGUGCGUUAGGCGGAAGUGACGCGCAUCGCGUGCAGGCCCGGACCGGUGGGGGGGUUUGGACAAGAUGGCUGGAUCCACAGUUAAAGUACCUCGUAAUUUUCGCUUAUUGGAAGAACUUGAAGAAGGUCAGAAAGGAGUAGGUGAUGGUACAGUAAGCUGGGGCCUUGAAGAUGAUGAAGACAUGACACUCACCAGAUGGACAGGCAUGAUUAUUGGGCCACCGAGGACAAACUAUGAAAACAGAAUAUACAGUCUGAAAGUAGAGUGUGGACCUAAAUAUCCAGAAGCACCUCCAACAGUUAGAUUUGUAACUAAAAUUAAUAUGAAUGGAAUAAAUAAUUCCAAUGGAAUGGUGGAUGCACGGAGCAUACCAGUGUUAGCAAAAUGGCAAAAUUCUUAUAGCAUUAAAGUUGUACUUCAAGAGCUAAGACGUCUAAUGAUGUCCAAAGAAAAUAUGAAGCUUCCACAACCUCCAGAAGGACAAACUUACAACAAUUAAUUUUAGCUGAUUCUCAAACUUCUGUCUUAAAACAGCAACCUUCUACUCAUGUUAAUGUCUUGAUUAAAUCUCACAAUGCAAACACCCACACAUUAAAAGAAUUUCAGCUGGUAUACAUGACCUGGACAUUUGUAAGAAUAUAUAUAAAUAUAUGUAUGCCCAAUAUGUUUUCAGGCACUAUGGGAGAAAAAGGCAGCACAAUUAUUUUUUUCUCUUAUCAAGGCACUGUCAUUUAAGCAUAAGCCUGAAAUAGCCUAAAAUUGGAGUUCAGGUUUUACAAGAUGAAAGCAUGACGGAAAGUGUCAGAUUGCUGUGGAAUAAUAUAUGUUUCUGAAAAUAAUCUCUUGAGAAGGCAAAAUAUAAAUGGCAUGCUUUAUCCAUCUUGCUUAGUAAAAGAGCUGCAAUUAAAUUUGUUUUAAAGUAGCAGGUACAGUGAAUACCGUUGCUCAUCUUGUUUAAUUUUGCAAAGGUGUGGGUGCCGACUACUAGUAGUGUCACAAAGUAUGUUCAGGAUUGUUUUGAUACCUGUAUUUAUAAAAUGGGGGGAUUAAUUUCUGUUAAGCAGCUCCUGUGUGUUACAUGUAUCGGACAUGGCAAAUAUUUGUUUACAGUCUUUGUUCUAAUAAACCAUGCAUUUAAGUUUUAGUGAAACAAAGGAAAUGUAUGGAUAUGUGAUUGAGAUUAAAGUUAGUCUUAAAAUGUAAAUAAAAUGUGGAAAGUGUC